UACCACAUUCCCUAAUAUGUUGUUGAUACAAUUAACUACAAGGAUCUCCACUCUUACCAACACCACAUUCCUCCUGACUCUUGCUCCACUCAGUCUCGUUCCAAUUCGUUACCUUACCCUCACUUGGAAAUGGCAGAAGGAACCCUCGCCUCUGUUUUCGAUCAUUCAACACCAAAAACUGAGCUAUACGACGUUAAAAAUGUUGCACCUAUGGUGUCUUCUUACAAUCAGCGCAUACGUCCGAUCCUUGACGCUCUUGAGAACCUGAGGCGGCUAAACAUCACCAAAGAAGGGAUACAGCUUCCAGCCAUAGUGGUAGUUGGUGACCAAUCUUCUGGAAAGUCCAGUGUCUUAGAAUCUCUGGCUGGAAUCAACUUGCCCCGUGGACAAGGUAUCUGCACAAGGGUACCCUUGGUCAUGAGGCUCCAAAACCACUCACAUCCCAAACCAGAGUUGGAGCUGGAGUAUAAUGACAAACAUGUGCCCACGGAUGAGGCUCACGUCUCUGAAGCCAUUUGUGCUGCGACAGAUGAACUUGCCGGCUAUGGGAAAGGAAUUUCGAACACCCCAUUAACUCUUAUCGUGAAGAAGAAUGGUGCUCCUGAUCUCACCAUGAUCGAUCUUCCCGGCAUUACGCGAGUGGCUGUUCAAGGUCAACCUUUGGAUAUAUAUGACCAGGUUGUCAAUAUUAUUAUGGAGUAUAUAAAGCCUGAGGAGAGCAUUAUUCUCAAUGUUUUAUCUGCCACUGCUGAUUUCUCUACCUAUGAGUCCAUUAGGAUGUCGCAGACUGUUGACAAAACGGGAGCGAGGACUCUUGCUGUUGUCACAAAAGUUGAUAAAUCCCCGGAGGGACUGCCUGAGAAGGUAAAUGCUGAUGAUGUGAACAUCGGUCUUGGCUAUGUGUGUGUAAGAAAUCGCAUUGGAGAUGAGUCCUACGAAGAAGCUCGUGAAGAAGAAGCCAAACUAUUCAAGACACACAAGCUUUUGUCCAACAUUGACAAGUCCAUUGUUGGUAUUCCGGUUUUGGCAGAGAAGUUGGUUCAGCUUCAAGCGGCUAGUAUUUCCAAAAUAUUGCCUGAGAUUGUUAAGAAGAUCAAUGACAAACUUGAUUCUCAGCUUUCCAAGCUGGAAAAAUUUCCCAGAAAACUCACCUCCUCGGUUGAUGUUAUGUCUGCAUUCAUGGAUGUCAUUGGGUUGACAAGAGAGUCCCUAUGCAAGAUUCUUCUGAAGGGAGAAUUUGACAAGUACCCUGAUGACAAACAAAUGCAUUGCACUGCUCGCCUGAUUGAAAUGCUGGAUCAGUACUCUAAUGAUCUCCGCCAGGGUUCUGAUAGUGCUGAUGAGAAGUUUUUGAUGGAAGAAAUUAAGGUGCUAGAAGAAACCAAGCGGAUUGGACUUCCAAACUUCAUGCCACGCACUGUUUUUCUUACACGUUUACACAGUAAAGUGGAAUCCAUUUCAAGCAUACCAAUUAAGUUCAUUGACAAGGUGUGGGACUAUCUUGAAGAUGUGGGGGUAACUAUCCUGAAACAUCACUCAGAACAUUAUCACCAACUUCAGACAUCUUUAAGACUUGCUUGGCAGAAGCUCAUUGCUAAGAUGAGGGAAAAUUCUAUGAAAUAUAUGCAGGAGGUUGUAGAAAUGGAGAAGCUAACCGAUUACUCUUGCAAUCCUGAAUACACAAUUGAGUAUAAUAAACUGAUUGCCAGCCAGAAUUAUUUGGUGGAAAGAGUUCAAGCAAGUUCUUCCCAGACAUUUCCUAAGUGUUCUUCUCAGAUAGUUAUUAAUGGUUCAGUUCGUAAGUGUUUUUCUCAGAUAGAUAUUAAUGGUUUUGGGAGUGUUCCGGUUAGUCAUCUGACCCUGUACACAACUUUACUUCCGCAAGCUUUUGAGUUGAAAGUGAGACUAACAGCAUACUGGAAGAUUGUGCUUCAGAGGCUUAUAGACAACACUGCACUGCAUUUGCAAUUCAGCAUUUUCAACCUUUUAAGGAAGGAUCUAGGGUAUGAGGUUUUGAAUGAUAUGGUGUCUCCUAGUGGAGGUGGAAUAGAGAGAUUGUUUGAGGAAACUCCUUCAGUUGCUGUGAAGCGGGACGAUCUCAAUAGGAGCAUUAAGACUCUUAAGGAAAGUAAGGAAGUGGUGGCUAGCAUAAUUGACAAAAUUUCUACCUAUGGUAAUUAAAAUUAAGAAUGUCUUUUUUGAUGUUCGUGACCAUGUUAAUGUUGCAUCUAAGGUUUUAGAGCAAAGUGUCCGUUAAGUGUUAGUAUAAUUAGAUAUAUGGUUUUUAGGUUGCUGUGUUCUCUAGGUUUAGCUUGGUGUGUGUUGUAGUUGUAUAACUCGUAGUGUGUGAUUUGGCUCCCACGUUAGUUAUUCUUUUUCUUGUUGUCUUAUGAUCAAGGCACUGAGUUAGGUUCACAAUGAUGGGUUGACGUUUUAUCCUUGUUUCUUGAAUACCCUAAAGUGCUUUCCUGCAAAAUGACUGAUUUGAAUGUUGCAUUGUUUUGUUCUUUCUGUUUGUCUUCCAAGAAUAUCCGU